AUGUCAGAUUUCAUUCCUAAAAUCUCCAAGUAUAGAAAUUCUCUAGCCCAACUGCUGAAAAAAUGUCUUCCAGAAUGGAAUUCUGUCCAUACAGAAGCAGUCCAACAGUUGAAAAAAUUGGUAGAAAAGCUUCCUCCUUUGCAAAUCCCAGGAACAGGCAAACGGAUAUUGCAAAUAGAUGCAAGUGAUGAGUAUUGGGCAGCUCCUCUUUUUGAAGAACUUGAUGGUAAAAGAAAUAUUUGUGGGUAUAAGAAUGGUGCAUUUAAACCUUCAGAAUUCCACUACCACUCUACUUUUAAAGAGAUUCUUGCAGUCAAACAUGGGAUUGAAAAAUUCCAGUUUCAUCUUCUUAGGCAUCACUUCCUGGUAGAAAUGGAUAUGUCUUCCUUCCCUAAAAUGCUUCAGUUCAAAAGGAAAAUGCUUCCACAUCCUCAGUUACUUAGAUGGUCAAAUUGGUUUUCACAAUGGUCCUUUCAAGUCAAGCACAUCAAAGGAAGAGAUAACCUUAUCACUGAUUAUCUUUCCAGAAAGCCACCAGUCCUCAAUACCACAAUUCUCCCUUCCCCCUUAUGUGUAUACCCUGUUACAGAUCCUUCCUCAUCAUCAAAUCCUUCUCCUGCAAUUCUUAGUGAUAUCCUUAACAUGAUAAAGAAUCUCCCUCUAGAAAUAAAAGACCAAAUAAAGACUUUAAACUCUCCAAGCCAGAGCCAAAAGGAUUAUCAGAAUCCUCCAUAA